GUCCUAAAGCCAGCCAUUUUGCCGCUCGGACGGCCAAGAGCGGCCGCUUUGCUGUGGAUGCAAAGAGCCGCCGCUGUUGGCAUCGCCGCCUUGGCCCACCGCCUGCUGGGAGGAGGAGGCGGCGGCAGAAAGCCCAGCGGGUGCGAGCGGCUGGCCUUCCGUCUCCCGUCGGGGGGGUCCCUCGGUCCUAGAGACAGCCAUUUUGCAAAAGGGUCUCCGGCUGGCGGCGGCCGGCCCCACCGAGCAUCUCUCCGUGCAGCAUCCUCUGGAAAGAUGGCCGAAGCAGAAGAAGGAGACGUUAGCGUGGAAGUGAAGCUAGAGGAGGAGGAGGAAGAAGAGGAGGAGGAGGAGGAGGAAGAAGAACCUGGCUACAUCCAAUCUGGGCGACGGUACAGGUGCCUGACCUGUAGCAAGACUUUCCCUAGCGUGCCACGGGUGUUGCGUCAUUUAAAGUCCCACGCGGCUGGUAUUGUGGAUGGCGUAGCUGUCAAAUUCGCAUGUCCUAAUUGCAGGAAAGAGUUUCCUGACCGGGCUCAACUUCGCAAGCACCAGCUCAGCCACCAAACGGAGCGCCCGUACCAAUGCCAGCUUUGUGCCAAGGCUUACAAAACUGCCCCCGAGCUGCGGAACCACGGGCGUAGCCACAGUGGCGAGAAGCCCUUUGUUUGCCACGAGUGCGGCAAAGCGUUCAUGCAGCCUGUUUGCCUGCGAGUCCACAUGGCCCGGCACACUGGAGACCUGCCCUUCCGCUGCCAGCAGUGCCACAAGGGGUACGGCACUCUUUCCAAGCUGAAGAUCCACCAGCGUUCUCAUACGGGCGAGAAGCCAUACUCCUGCGGUGAAUGCAGCAAGCGCUUCGCCGACCCCUCGGUGUUCCGGAAGCACCGCCGGACCCACGCUGGCCUCCGCCCCUACCAGUGUGAGGUGUGCCACAAGACAUACGCUGAGCUGAAGGAUCUCAAGAAUCAUGAGCGCUCCCACACUGGUGAACGCCCCUUCUUGUGCCAGGAUUGUGGAAAGGCCUUUUCCCGGUCCUCAUCGCUGGCCUGCCACCAGCGCAUCCAUGCGGCCCACAAGCCCUAUCGCUGCAACCUUUGCGGGAAAGGCUUCACCCAGCUGUCCUCCUUCCAGAGCCACCAGCGGACCCACUCUGGCGAGAAGCCUUUUCUCUGCCCACAGUGCGGACGGAUGUUCAGCGACCCCUCCAGCUUUCGCAGGCAUCAGCGAGCCCACCAGGGCCUCAAGCCCUACGCCUGCGACAAGUGUGGGAAGGCCUUCCGCCAACCGGCUGACCUGGCCAUGCACCAGCGCAUCCACACAGGCGAGAGGCCCCACAAGUGUUCGCAGUGCGACAAGAGCUUUGUGGCUUCAUGGGACCUCAAGCGCCACCUGCUGGUGCACUCCGGCCAGCGCCCUCACCAGUGCGGGGAGUGCGGCAAGAGCUUUGCUGAGCGGGCCAGCCUUACCAAACACUACCGUGUACACUCGGGAGAGCGGCCGUUCAAGUGUGGCCGCUGCGGCAAGGCCUUUGUGGUGUCGUCCAGCCUCCGGAAGCACGAACGCACCCACGGCAACGAGAAUAGUGAUGACAAGACCACCCCUGUGGGCAACCAGGACCCAUUCCUCAGUGACCCAUCGGCCAUUGUGGUCGCCACCGUGGUGCCUGCCUGUGGGGAGUGUGGGGAGGUCUUUGCCUCCACCCAGGAACUACGUCGCCACGAACGCCUGCUGCACCCUGGCCUGCGCCCGUUUCCAUGCCCAGAAUGUGGCAAAGGCUUCUCGGACCGGGCCGGCCUGCGCAAGCACGAGCGGAUCCACUCGGGGGUCCGUCCCCACGCCUGUCCCCACUGCUCUAAAGCCUUCCUGGGAGCCUCGGACCUACGCAAGCACCUCAAGACCCAUGCAGCCCUAGAGAACAGGAGCACCGAGGACACCAUGGUGACUGCCACUAUCAUGACCUACGAAUCCCUCCUCCCUGCUCAUCUCCAUCCCCAUGACGACGGGACGGAGAUUGACAAGGACUCUCCCUCGGAUUGUCUGCCUGACCCCCUCACAGAACCCUCGUAAGCUCCGCCUCCCUCCCGCCCUGCCUGUGAUUGGGCGGAAAGAAGCCAGCUCAGCUGCUUAAAAGCCCUUGGCGUACUUUGAUGAUUGCCUCGUCGAUGUGAUGUGUGGACCACGCUCUUCCUAGGCCUCCCGUCCAGCAUGGCUCUCCAGCAUUUCUUUCCAAGCAGGGCUUGGCGUACUUUGUCACUGGCUGUGUGCGGUUGCCUUUUCUCCCACCCUCCAUUGUUGCCCACACUAGAUGUUCACUUGCUUGCCCGGUGGGGAAUUAAAUGUGCCUGGUGUGUGUGUGUGUGUGUGUGUGUGUGUGUGUGUGUUAAACCAGACUCAUGCUUUUGAAAUUUUGCUCAGCAAAAGGGGCCUGCAUCUUAUGAGAUCACACACGUGUGCAUGUGAAGAGGUGUGUUUUUACUGUUUGUAAGGUGAUAUGCAUUCAUCUUAUGAGGCGUUUCUGCCACUGCUAGGAACUGCUGGUGGUUUUUAAAUGAAAAGAAAAAAGAAAAAGAAAACCCUCCAGGUCUUUUUAAGGGCACGAAGAAUUAAAUUGAGAAAAUUAAGGAAGGAAGCAAAAAACAAUGAUUUUUUUCUUCCUGGAGAGUUUUUAUAAAUUAUCCAAGGGUUUCCUUGCUUGAUUAAAAUAAAUGGCUUGCUUUUUUUUAAAAAAAAGGGGGGGGGAAAUUGACUUAGACUGCAUGUGGGAGGUGCAAAGUUUUGGGCGUGGGGAACAGAAUCCUUAUAUUAUCCUUAUCUCACCUAUUGAAAUUUAUCUUGCUUAUUGAAUUUUAUUUCAAGUUUUUAUUUUAUUCCUGUAUUUAUUAUAUUUCUUCACGAUUGCAAUCAGAAGCCUCUCAGCAAUAAAGGCUCUUUGACUGCUGAGGA